CAACAGCGCACACGCGUCAGCAUUUUUUUCUUUUUAACUCUCACAUAUUCAUCUCUCUCACAAACACAUACUCUCGUUUUUGUCCCUUUCUCAGCAUCAUAUACCAUGUCAGACCAACUAACCGAGAGUCAGAUAGCAGAGUACAGAGAGGCCUUUGCUCUGUUUGACAAGGAUGGCGAUGGUACCAUCACAGCCAAGGAGCUCGGCUCGGUUAUGCGGAACUUGGGCCAGAACCCUACCGAGUCUGAACUUCAGGACAUGCUCAAUGAAGUGGACGCCGAUGGCAAUGGCAAAAUUGACUUCCCUGAAUUUCUAACAAUGAUGUCCCGCCAACCUGACACUAACUCUGAGGACGAGCUUAAGGAGGCUUUCAAAGUGUUUGACAAAGACAACAACGGUUUUAUCACCAAAUCUGAGCUUCGCCAAGCGCUCCACAACCUUGGUGAGAAAUUGACCGAGGAGGAGGUCGAGCAAAUGAUUAGAGAGACUGACCGCAACGGUGAUGGCCAAAUCGACUAUAAGGAAUUCGCCAUCAUGAUGUCGACCAAGUAAAAAAAAAAAAAAAAAAA